CACGUCUCUGACCAUCUUUGACUCGACCUUUUCCACCUUACUGGUACCUCCUCGAAAUUGUCACCUCGGCAAUUAUGGUCGCUCGUGGAAGAGAAUGUCGUAUUGCGUACUUGAAACCUCUUUUUUCGAUUGAGUAUCCCUCUAAGAUGACUCUUCAGAAUUAUGGGAGCCACUGGGACUGGAAAGUCAACUUUCGUCAACCUUGCCAGUGGGUCCAAACUGCCUGUUGGGCGGGGUCUCCAGAGCUGCACCAGCGAUGUAAUGACUUCCAAGCCGUUCAUUCUGAAUGGAAAUAUCGUCACCUUAAUCGACACCCCGGGAUUUGAUGACACAAACCGUAGCGAUACUGAAAUCUUGAGAUCCAUCGCCGCCUACUUAUCCAACACGUACGAACAGGGUGCAAAACUUGCAGGCAUCAUUUAUAUGCAUCGUAUCUCUGAUACUCGAAUGGGGGGUACAUCUGCCCGGAACUUCCGCAUAUUCCGCGAACUAUGCGGCGAAAGUACGCUCCGGAAUGUUCUUAUCGUAACCACUAUGUGGUCAGAAGUCAGCCCCGAACUUGGGGAGGAGAGGGAACGAGAGCUUGCGAGCAAUGGCAAAUUCUUUAAACCCGUCCUCGACAAAGGUGCUCGGAUGUUGCGACACAACAACACUCGAGAGUCUGCCCAUGCUAUCCUUCGACACUUGGUCAAUGCACAAGCCCACACCUUACAAAUCCAGCACGAGCUUGUCAAUGAACAAAGAGAUCUUGCCCAUACCUCGGCAGGCGUGGAGCUUGGGCGUCUGCUGAAAGAUCAGGCGGAUCGUCACGAAGCCCAGCUGAAGGAAGUGCGCAGAGAGAUGGAAGAAGCUAUGCGCGUCAAGGAUGAACAGUCACGGAAAGAACUCCAACAAGUGGUCGACGAAAAAUUAUCUGAAAUAGAAAGAAUACGUCGAAAUGCUGAACAGAUGGCCGCGGACUUCGUCGCUGAGAAGGCGCGGCUUGAGGCCAGGAUCGCGGACAUGGAGAAAGAAAACAGGGAGCACCUGCGAAACCUAGAAGAACAUGCUCAACGAGAAAGAGAGCUAAUUGCCGCGCGUGAUGUGGCGGAAAGGAGGGCUAGCGAUCUAGAAAGAAAACUGGAGUAUGCGUCAACCGAACGGAGUACUAAGACAGAUAUCCCGGAACAGAGUGCACGUCCGAAGGAAAAGCGAAGCAAUCACGGGUCCACUCCAGAUGCGAAGGAACGCUACGCACCUAGACCCAGUCCUAACCCAGGGCGUACUCGCGACUCGAAUUCCGAGCAAGGGGAGAAGACAAGGAAAGAGAAAAAUCAGGAGACAUUCGUUGGAUCCCUCUUUUCCGGUGUUAUCAGUAUUAGGAAGGCCAUACUGGGGUUCUGAGGGACGAAUCUGGUAGAGGCCAGAGGAAAGCGGCACGCAGUUCUAUAUAUUACUAUACUACAAUCGCGUUGGUCAACGGACGGGAUAUGGGUUAUCUAUGUGUCCUCAGGAUAGUGACAAUAGUCUCGCUCUAUGCUCGCAGU